CCGUGUGUUAUCGUCACGAUUCUCAUCGACAUGAUCCCGUUGAACUCGCCAGCUGAAGGGCCAGAAGGCAACAUUUUAUUCUUCGUUCGCACAUUCCUCGCGUUCUGGAUUUCCACUAUCGUCAUCAGCCUCCAAUUCCGCCACUGUGUCCCAAGUGUUUCAUUCUCAAACGCCCACAUAUUGGCCAGUGCCACCUUCACAGCAACACCGACGACGUGUGUCUACUACGGAGUAUCACUGCUCAUCGGGUUCCCAUUGCCGUUCGGAAUUCAACUGGUGUCACCCGUUUGGGUGACCUUCAUGUUGAUUCCACUUGUCCCAUUCCUCAAAAGGGCAUACUCCCAGUCUCCAGAGUGGACCCAGAUAGUUAACACCCUCAAGUCUUGGGUCUCCCAAGAGAAUCUGGUGCUGAUCUACCCGACCUACUUUUACGUCUUCACCACGCUCCCCGCCAAUGCCAAGACUCCGUUCGCGAUGCUCCUUCCGACCAUGAAGAUACUCAUGCGCAACGUCAUGUCCCGUACUGUGGUUCACCUGAGCGAUGAAAUCCCCGAGAUAGUUUUGAUGAACGUCGAGGUCUUCAACUCGCUCUUCAUGUCGUACUGCAUGCAGAAUUCGCCCUCGAUUUGGACGACAUUGGGUCUAAUUGUUAUUGACGGGACCCAAAUGAUCGCGUCGAUGCACGACGUCGACAAAGUUAGCAAGCGUAUGCAGGUCGUAAAGGACCGAGUCACCACGGAGAGAGCCAGGGGCGGAGCCAGGGGCGGAGCCAGGGCCAAAAUGGGGGGGCGUAUGCCCCCCCCCCAUUUUUUUGGCGACGGCGUUUCGAUUUUUUUAGAUUUUUUUAUUUAG